AUGAUUCUGUCAGAACUACCCAACGAACUGCUACUAGCAGUAGCAGACAAGCUCAAAUCAUCGGGGGAUAUAUUUGCACUUGCUCGAACAAAGACCAACCUACACAAACUGCUCAUUCCAUACCUUUUUCGAUUCGAUGCGGCACGACCCCAGAGCGAUGCCUUAUACUUCGCUGCAAGACUCAACCGAGAAAGUGUUUGUCGAAAUGCGCUGCAAGCAGGCGCCAAUCCCAUGGCAAAGUACAACGGUGACACCGUACUGCAUGUGGCAGCCGAGUUCGAUCAUGACCAGAUAGCUAGACUCCUUCUUGCUAUGCCUGGUGUCAACCCGAACUGCAAGGGCUACUACGGCCUCACACCGUUGGGGCUGGCGGUUACAGCGGGGAGUUUGAGAACUCUCCGGCUGCUUGUCGCUCACGACGGUGUCGAUCCGCAGCCCGUCUACCAAGGCAAGACUCCACUCAUUCAGGCGGUGAUGUCCAAACGAGUCGAUAUAAUGAGGAUACUGCUCGCCGCCAAAGGGAUUGAUCCAGAAAUUCCCGAUCAUGAGGGCAUGUCGCCACUGAUAUGGGCGGUAAUCACAAACGAUGAAGAAGCGGUCAGGCUACUGCUCUCCAUACCGGGUUUCAAUGCAAACAGCCAGGAUCACCGCGGCCUUACGCCCCUCAUGCACGCAAUCCAAACUGCGGGUGCGCGCGUCAUCAUGCUAAUGGUUGUCCUAAACAAAUCCGAGCUAGAUCGGCCGAUCCUCGGCAAUAACCACCAGACGGCUUUGUUAUUUGCCGUCAGACAUGGAAGUAUGGCAUCGAUGAAGAUUCUUCUUGCUGCCGGUGUUGAUGUCAAUGCCAGAGAUGAUAAAGGGAUUACUCCAUUGGCAUUAGCUGCAAUUCGCAGGGAUGAAUACAAGGUUGCGCUGUUGCUCACUGUUAAGGGAGUCGACCCAAACCCCCACGAUAAAUAUGGGCACUCGCCAUACUCAUGGGCACUACGUUCCGGAGACGAGAGCGUCUUGUAUGUUCUCCGAGAGUAUGCCAAACGGACGGGAAUCACUUUGAAGGGAAUGAAGACCCAGGAGGAGUGGGCUGCAGAGGGCGACGAACCAUGGGAUUUACACUCACGGCCUGUAUAUUCGAUGUAA